AUGCCGGCACAUCCCUUCCAAUGGACAAGGUUGAAGAACUCCGGGAAUGUCUCCGUGUCCCCUCGUGCGGGCCAUACCAUCACCCUGAGUUCUGUGGGCUUUCUGCUCUAUGGCGGCAUGGAUGGCCGCCGGAACGAUCAAGGGAAUCCGGCACCGAACAGCGAUCUCUACUUGCUGAAAGUUGGAGGCAAAACCUUCCAGUGGGAGCAGGUGGAGGUCGACCCAGGGUCUCAACUGCCUCCUGCUCGGACACUGCAUACUGCCUUGGCCAUCAGCCAAGAUGAGGUCUUUGUGUUUGGAGGCAUUCACUCCGCUACUCCGGACCGCGUGUUGAACGAUGGUUGGAUCCUGGACACUGGCUGCUAUGAAUGGAAGCAUGUGGGUUUCCUGGCGGAAUACGGCGGAAAUACGGUUCACUGGACACGACCGGACACGACGUCGUGUCCGAGGAAGCGCUUGUCGGGGAAGAUUUUGGAGCACCCCUACGUGGCCGCGCAAGCGGAGGUCAUCGGACAAGGCGAGAGCAUGCGCCGGAACACCGGCACACGCCGCAUCAGCGGCAUGGCGCAGACCGCGCGGAGCGCGGUGAGCGGGCUGAACUUCGAGACCCUGGCGCUGGCGGCAUCCAAGGCCGUCGUGGGCGCUUCGAUGAGCAUUGGCGGCGAAUCGGGCGGCGACGGAGGGUCUUCGAGAAAAUCCUGGAAGAAGUUCCUGGCAAAGCAGAUGACGUCCAGCGUGAAAGCGGGUGACUUGGAGUGGUUAGCGUGCAGAUGGACGCGUUUCCAGCCCAAAGACGAGGCGGGAUUAGUGAACUUCGAGGAGGAACAGUUUUUGGAAGAUCCUUGGACCAAGAAUUCAAGUGAAUUCGCUGACUUUUGUCGGGUGGAAUGCUCUGAAAUCAUUUGGCCAAAAAACCCUUUGCAGGACAUUCUGACAAUGGUAUGUGCCACAGCUCAAGGGAACGAGGACGAGGAUGCCAGCAAAGGACCCGCGCCACGUGGCAAUCAUAGUACUUGCCUCUAUGAGAAUACCAUCAUUCUUUUCGGUGGGCAUGGUGGCUUUGGCUACCAGCGGAAAGCCUUCAACGAUGUUUGGGCUUUGAACCUAGAUUCAUUCCGUUGGACAGAGCUCCUGUGCCAUGGCAACCCUCCGGCACCACGCAGUGGGCAUUGUGCUUUCCAAAAGGAUGGCUUUGUGUAUAUCUUUGGUGGGUGGAAUGGAGAGUCACAGUUCAACGACCUGUUCAUGCUGGACGUGGAGAAUAAGGACUGGUCGGAUGUGGACCUCAACUGGAGCGUGCCGCGCUGGAACAUGGCGGUCCAGCUCGUCGAGGCGAUCCCUUCGUGGCGUGUCUUCGUCUUCGGCGGCUCGGCGGACCGCCACGGCGAGGGGCGGACCAUGGGCAGCUACGAUCGCGAGCUGGGAGUCUUAGACUUGGGCGACGAGCGUUCCUGGCUCUCGCUCUCUCCUGAGCGUGCGAAGCUCGAUGGCUGGGCCAACAAGUGGUUGGACGACUGCUGGCAGAUCGACGUCUCCUCCAUUGUAGGACCGCCAUAUGCCAUCGUGAAGGUCGAGCCAUCCUUGGGGCCGGUUUCUGGAAGCCAGAAAGUGCAGAUCUUCGGUGUGGGCUUCCUCUCAGUACCUGGUGUGGCGGUGAUACGCUUCACUGGGGGAAAUGGGAAGAGCGUCGAAGCGCAAGGGACGAUCUUGGAUGAUGAGCUGGUGGAGUGUCUCACGCCCAAGGCAGAGGGAAUUGGACCCCGAAGCUGUGAAGUGCGAAUUGCCAUCGGCGUGAAGGACUUCACCACCACGAUGGCGGAGUUCCAGUACUUCAUGAAUACAGUGCCAGAGAGGUCGUUGUGCUACGGCCCUGGGCUACUCAUGGAGCAGCAAGCGGAGUCCACGACACGCUUCCGGAUACAAGCCAGGAAUCAGGCGGGUGACAACCGCAAGUCUGGCAGAGACGAGUGGGUCAUACAAGUGCAGCACGUCUAUGUGAAUGAGAAGGGCAAGGAGUCCCUCCGGGAGCUGCCCCAUGAGAUCAUCGACUUUGACACGGGGCAAUACGAGGUCAGAUACAUUCCAGAACCUGGAGAUCUCAUCAUCAGAGUCAGUAUGGUGGACGAGCUUGGAAAGCCACGACCGAUCCGUGGAAGUCCCUUCAAAGCCUCGAGUAUUCAGUACGCCAAGAACCGCGCGAAUGAAUAUUUGGGCCCCAUCGUCCACAGCUGGCUCUCGCAAACGUUGAAGUCCUUGGAUGAUUUCUAUCGCAGCACCGAGACUGGUCAAGGGGCCAAGUUGAACGAGGAGGAUGUGAAGGGACUCAUCAAGGUGAUGAAUCACAUCCAAGACCUCUACAAGAACGAAUCUGAGUUGAUUCGCCUCCAGGAUUGCAUCUAUGAGACCUUGGCUCACAUCGAGCGUGAAGGAGUACCAGUGGAGAAGCAGUUGAAGAGCUUGAAGAAGGUGUGCAACGCUUUGGUGCAUUUGCGCACCUUGUGCCAUUCUACUGAACAGGCCAUCCAGCCCAUGGUGCAGGUGCAAAGCGAGAUCUACAAAGGAAGGAUUGCCGCCUUUGAGCAGUCACUGAGAAGCUAUCAAGCAGGGCUCAAGCAAGAGGCCUACUACUACUACAGGUCCGGUGUGGAGUUGGCCUUCCAACGGAUCCAGACCGUGACCACACACCUGGACAUGACGCUCGACCGGACUUCACCGUGGCACCUGAUCGCCAAGAAUUUUGACUACCCCGACGAGGUGAAAGAGUCCUUCAAAAUCAUGAACAUGAUGCGCGAGGAUGUGGCGUUGAUCAAAUCCUUGUGGGACCAUGAGGUGGCGCGCAUCCGGCUCGCCGAGUCGUAUUUGGUGAAGCGCUGGGGCACCGUGGAUGCCCUGCAGAUGGAGGAUGAUAUCAAGACCAACUUCAAGAAGUUGAAGGAGUACAAGGUGGACAAACGAUUGGACGUCUACACAGGGAUGCAGGAGGUGAUCAAGCGAUGGGUGAUCUUCUGCCCGUUGGUCGCCGAGUUGCUGGACCCUUCGAUGCGGCCCCGGCAUUGGAUGGCCUUGGUGCACCUUUGUGGGAAAUCGGUGGAUGUGUCCAAAGUCAAAGACCUCUUGCUUCGAGACAUGUGGACCUUAGAGCUCUACAAGCACCCACAGGAAGUGGAAGAGAUCGGAGAGCAGGCAAAACAGGAGUCCAAAAUGGAAGGCACCAUCGCAAAACUACAUCGAAUUUGGUCCGCCGUGGAGUUCGUGUAUGAAAAGCACAAGGGGAGCGAUGUGAUGCUUAUGCAUCUGAAGGAUGAAGAUGUGGAGACCCUGGAGGAGAACCAGGUGCAAGUGCAGAACAUGUUUGCCUCGCGCUUUUUGUCCACUUUCGAGGAACAGGUUCUGUUCUGGCAGAAGACCUUGGCCUCCAUCAGUGAGACGUCAAGCUUGCUCAGUGAAGUGAUUCGGACCUGGGUCUUUCUGGAGAAUCUCUUCAUCCACUCGGAGGAGGUGAAGAAGGAGCUACCCGACGAGACCGAACGCUUCAUGGACAUUGACGAGGAUGUGAAGGCCCUCCUAGCAAGGGGCUAUGAAGCCCGCUUCGCCAAGCAGUUCUGUUGUGAGCCCAGCGACUGGGAGAAGACUCAACAACAGCUCCUGAUGUGCGAAAAGGCCUUGAAUGAGUUUAUGGAUGGCAAACGCCAGGCCUUUCCACGGUUCUAUUUCAUGUCCUCGGCGGAUCUUCUGGAUGUCCUCAGCAACGGCAACAAUCCCGCGCGUGUGGUGCACCACUUCCCCAAGUUCUUCAACGCCAUUGAGAAGUACGACCUGGAGUUCCCAGAUGGACCCACGUCCCGGCCCUAUGCCAGUGGCUUACAUGCGGCCAUUGGCAAGGAGUAUGUGCCCUUCUUCGAGGCAUUGCACUUGGUGGGCAAAGUGGAGAUGUACUUGGAGCGAUGCAUCGAAACCUUCCGCACCACCUUGCGGCACUUCGCCCUCAACGACCUGCGGAGCUACGCGGAAAACGACUGCCAGGUGGAUGGACCUGCACGAGGCAAGUGGCUCUUGGGGGUCAAGGCAGCACAAGGUGCUUUGCUCGUGCAGCUCAUCACCUGGGUUCAGUUGGUGGAGUCCGCCUUCCAGGCGGCGGUGGUCUCGGAAGAUGAGGCGAUCCUGGACGAGCAAGAUGGGCAGAAGAAGGUGGAGGAGGCCUGGCGUCGCCAACAAGAGCUCCUCCUGGACCUCAUCCGCCUCACACAAACCGACCUGGACAAGCCGGCCCGACAGAAGGUGAUGUGUGCCAUCACCCUGGAUGCGCACAACCGGGACGUACAGGAGCGAUUGGUUCGAGACAAGGUCACUUCGGCGGACGCCUUCCAAUGGCAAAGCAUGCUGAAGAGCUAUUGGAUCCUGGAUGAAGAACAUGAAGCAAAUGCGCAGAUGCAGAUUUGCGAUGCACGCAUUUGGUAUGCCUACGAAUAUCUGGGGAACGGACCUCGCCUAGUCGUAACUCCCUUAACGGACCGGAUCUAUGUCACUGCCACCCAAGCACUGCACCUGCACAUGGGCUGCGCCCCUGCGGGGCCUGCGGGCACGGGUAAGACGGAGAGUACCAAGGAUUUGGCCAACGCUUUGGCACGUGCCUGCUACGUGAUCAACGCAGCCCCUGAGAUGGACUACCUCACCCUGGGGAACAUCUUCAAGGGCUUAGCUGCUAGCGGCUCCUGGGGAUGUUUCGAUGAGUUCAACCGCUUGGUGCCCGAAGUCCUCUCUGUGUGCACGGUUCAAUUCAAGGCGGUGUGCGAUGCCCUGCGCCAGCACGCAGCGCGCUUCAUUUUGCAGGGCGAUGAGAUUCAGCUGGACCGAGGUGUGGGGGUCUUCAUCACCAUGAACCCGGGCUACUUGGGCCGUAGUGAGCUGCCCGAAGGCUUGAAGGCACUCUUCCGGCCCAUUACGGUGAUGGUGCCCGACUUCAUGCUCAUCAUGGAGAACAUGUUCAUGUCCGAGGGCUUCUUAGACGCCAAAAAGUUGGCACUCAAGUUUUCCACCCUCUACGCGCUGAACAAGGACCUCUUGUCCAAAUCGAACAAGUACGAUUGGGGUAUGCGUGCCAUCAAGUCAGUGCUUGUGGUGGCAGGUGGCUUCAAGCGCGCGGACCCACGCCUUUCCGAGCAGGCGGUUCUCAUGCGAUCUUUGCGGGACACCAACGUGGCCAAGAUCGAAGGAGAUGAUUUGAAGAUCUUCAUGGGACUUUUGGCGGACCUUUUCCCAGGAGUCCAGGUGCCACGAGCGAGGGAUACUGAGUUCGAAGAGAUUGUGGUGGACACGAUGGAAAAUGAGUUCGGCUUCACCAAUGACCCAGAUGGAUAUUUGCUGCUGAAAAUCUCUCAGCUGAUCGAAUUGCUGGAUAUUCGCCAUUCGGUCUUCCUCAUGGGCAAUCCUGGAAGCUUCAAGUCUUUCCUGUGGAAAGUCCUCAAGAAUGCCAAGACGAAGCGGGGCGACAAGACGACGGUGGUGGAUUUCAGCCCAAAAGCCAUUUCCACCAACGAGCUGUAUGGCAGCGUGAACAUGCACACCCGUGAGUGGAAGGAUGGCAUUUUGUCCAAGACCAUGCGCGACCUGGGGCAGAUCCCUGACACGCAUCCCAAGUGGAUCAUGCUGGAUGGCGAUUUGGACGCCAACUGGAUUGAGUCCAUGAACAGCGUGAUGGAUGAUAGUCGCUUGCUCACGUUGCCCUCCAAUGAGCGAAUUCCCUUGAAGCUGCACAUGACGCUCGGCUCGGCCCGGCUCGGUCGUUGGUCGGCGGCGAAAGCCACGAGGAAGGUGAAGGUGGUGAACUGGACACCCGUGAAGAUGAUCUUCGAGAUCCGCGACUUAAACUAUGCCACCCCGGCCACCGCCACCCGCGCGGGCAUCGUGUGUAUGUCGGACAAAGAAGGGGUCCAAUGGCAGUGCUAUGUGAAGUCCUGGGUGAAAAAGCUCUCAUAUUCGGACACUGUCAAGGAGCAAUUAUCCAACUUCUUCCAGAAGUACUGCCCGCCGACCUUGGCCUGGAUUCGAAAGACGGCCAAGCUGCAAGUGCCAUAUGUUGAGAUCUCCUUGGUGAGCUCCUUAUGCAGUUUGUUAGACGCCCGCUUGACCUCUCAGAAUUUGGAGUCCUUGGAAACCUGGUUUGCCUUCAGCACCAUCUUCGCCACGGGCAGUUGUCUGGCAGAGGUGGAUGGCGUCGACUACCGGAAGGCCUUCAGCAACUGGUGGAAGACGGAGAUGAAGACGGUGAAGUAUCCCACCAAAGGCUUGGUCUUCGACCUCUACGUGCGAGACAUGCGGCUGGAGGAAUGGAGCGGUUUGGUGGAGCCGAUCCACUACCGAUCCACCACACCCAUGGGUGAGAUCACCGUCCCCACCACCGAAACCGUUUGUCUGGAUUACUUCAUGAGAGCUUUGAUCGAGGUGCAACACCCGGUGAUGCUCAUUGGCUUGGCAGGUUGCGGCAAGACGCAGUCCUGUACGGGAUUGCUCAAGAAGCUGAAUCAUGAGGUCUUCAUGGGUUACAAGAUGAACAUGAGCUAUUACACAGAUUCCGCCAUGCUACAGACGAUGAUGGAGAUCCCGCUGGAAAAGAAAGCGGGAAAGCUGUAUGCCCCACCUGGCAAGCUGCAGAUGAUGCUUCACAUGAACUGGAUCUACUUCAUCGAUGACUUGAACAUGCCUGCCUUAGACAAGUACAACACACAGUCAGCCAUCGAACUCAUCAAACAGAAGCAGGACUACAACCAUUGGUAUGACCGCGCCAAGAUUCAGAUCAAGGACAUCGGAUCCACGCAGUACCUCUGCUGCAUGAACCCCACGGCGGGCUCCUUCACGGUGAACCAGCGGCUCCAGCGACACUUCUGGACCUGCUCGGUGCAGUUCCCGGAGCAAAACGCGCUCAAUGUGAUCUAUGCCACAUUCAUGAAGGGCCACUUCGACACUUACUCCUUCAAAGUUCAAGUGCAGGAGAUCGCCAAUUGGGUCAUCAAAGUGCCACGGCUGAAAGUCCUCAAGAGUGCCACGACUCCCCCCCAGACCCUCGACCCGCUCAUUUUUGUGCGUCAAGAAAUCAUCAAAAGCUUGGCUCAAGAGGGUUUGCAAUGGUUUGGAAGGAACAUGCACUAUGAGUUCAAUAUUCGGCACAUGAGCGGCGUCUUUGCGGGGCUCUUGAAGGCCAAGCCGAGUGAGUUCAACGACGCCGAGAAGCUGGUGCUCUUAUGGAUCCAUGAGACCUGGCUGAGCUGCUCUCAACCUUUGAGAGAGUUCAGCGUCUACAAAGGAUUCGUCCUUCCCGCCCGUGUCCUUUGUUCCGUGCGUUUCCUUUGCACCUGCGCCAUGGCUUGGUUGAACCGCACUCUGGCCUUGGUUGACGAAGCUCUCACUGAGCAUCGUAGGCCCGCUGUCCUGGAAUUCUUCAAGAGCCGUGAAUUUCCUACAUCCCAGGUGUGUGAUGGCCAGUCCUGCAUUGUGAUGGGAACUUUGAUCAACAGAUCACAAGACCACAUCCGCAUUGCUCAGAUGAAGUUUGUCCCUGGCCAGGGAUGGACGCAACCAGACGCUGAUCCCAAAGAAGUGUUGGUUAUGGUCCCCAACCUGAGCAGAAGGCACCUCAAGAUUGACGCUGGAGAGCAAGUCUUGUGCUGUGGUAAAUGCAUUAACUCUGAAAAUGAGGCCCUUACCUUUGACGAACAAGUCCUCAUACUUCCACGCCCAGUGUGGAUGUCAGAUAUGCCGAUUAACACAGUUCACUAUUUUGCUGGAGCCUUCGGAGGUUGGUCCCGUGCCUUGCAGUGGCUAUGUCAGCAUACCAAAUCCUGGACCCUUGGGACACAGAUUUCAGUGGACGCUGAUGCAACGGUCAUGAACAUUUGGGCAGAACAGCAUGGUCAAGCAGCCUGGCAUGGCAAAACAUCACCGACGUGCUCGUGGGACCCCAGCAGCCAUGUUGGCCUUUGCACGCAUGUGGGAGACAAAUCGCUGUUAACCAGGUGUGCAUUCCCGACAAACAGCUGUUCUACUAUGUCCCCGCCAUGCAUCAGUUGGUCUCGGGGAGGGAAAUCCCAGGGCCUGGAUUGUGCUGCUGGCUAUGCUUUCUUCGAAUGCAUUCAGGCCAUUGACCUCCAACAACCCAUCAUGGUACUAGCCGAAUGUGCUGAUGAAACUCCCCAGCACCCGCAUUUUGACAUCCUUCGUCAAGCCAUGUUGCUCAUUGGGUACAAGCCGCUGUGGGAACAGGUGACCCCACUGCACCUCCUGUCCCACAAUAUGAGAACUCGGUGGCUCGCAGCAUGGAUCAGAUCCGAUGUUUCUGGAUGCAAAUUUGAUGCAGUGAUUAUUCCAAGAGCACCGCCAACAACACCAUGGCACUCAGAGGUGAACAACUUGUGGAUUCCACCAGAGGUAGCAUCUCAGCUUCACGUCACCAAGGAAGCCAAAGCAAAGUACGUUGACCCUCAAUUUUUGCCGCAAGCCAAGAAAGCAAGAGUUAGUGGUGGCUCAGCCAAUGAAGUACUGCGACUCCGACUUGCAGCACGGGAUGAACCACUGCCUACGCUGUGUAGUUCCUAUUCGUCGCAGCACAUGUUGGAUCCAGUUCAUUUGGCAAACAAGGGAAUCUUUGCAGUGUUGGAUGCCUGUGGUGAUGAGGUUUCUUUUCUGAGCCCCCCUGAUUCCAUUGUUCUGCCGUGUGCAGUUUCUGAGGCGUUCCAUGGACCUAGCAAUGCUAUCGCUCAGCCACAUGCCCUCCUCGCUUGGUCUGUUGCUUUGCGUGCUUUGUCCACACAGUCUGAGGCACCUGAGUUCCUCAUUCGAGAAGCCUGGCAGCAGAGAAUCACGUCCCUUAAUGCAGUUGUGCAGAAGAAGGGCCAAUGGUUGUGGGUCCAGAAGCUAGAAGUUUUCGUGAAAGCAUUGGACUUCCGGUUUUAUUUCUUGCCAGACCCUGCUGUCAGGUACAUUCUGAUCAAAACCUGCUUGCACUCCGCAGGAACCAGCAGGCUCACUCACGUUCCGGCAAGCGCCACGCUGUUCGAAGCACUCCAAUGCAUCCUGACCUUUGCGGACACCAACCCAGAGGAUGUCACGUUUGACCAGGCACUCGGCCCAAUCAUGCGAGAGGAACUUGCCGCCACGUCACUUGAUGGGAACAAAAUCAUUCGUUGCUUCUGGAAAAAUCAACUCAUUGCCACACUGGCACUUGAGUCGAAGUUUGAUGGUAUGCACCUUGUGGAAGACAUCAUUUCACCAACUCAACCCUUCGAGUUUCAGGAGCCUGCAGACAGCAUUGUGAUUUCGUGUGUCGAUCAAGUGUAUGCAAGCCUCACAGCACACCCAACCUUCAUGCAUGCCAUCACCUUCAUGGAGUUUUGUGCCAAAGCCUGCCGAGAGUUGCGAAACCCUUCGCAUUGUGCCAUCGCAUGGGAGCAACCACCUUUGCUUUUUGCUAUCCAAACACCGCAGGAGCAGAGUGUAGCGUUCAUCCAAAUGCAGCUGAACCAGCAGAGGGCACCGCAGUAUGCCACUUCGAUUGGGCUUCAGCGAUGGGACCCCAAGUUUGAUGAUUUUAAUGAUGACCUGUUUGGGGAAACCAAUUUUGCCACGCAUGGCCGUACGCUGAUGCUCUUGCAAGUGCAAGCCCAUUGGGCCCUCAUUGAGACUGUCCAGAACUCAGGAAGCAUCACUGUCAAUGUCUUUGGUCUGCCGCAAGCCCUCGCUGUUCGUGCAGCUCACAUCACAUGUCGACUCGUUGACAUUGCACCAAGCCGUGCCAGCAUUGAGUUGCACUUGACCCCUCUUGAUGAGAACAUGUGUGGAUGGUGUUUGAUCUAUCGCCUCUUUCGAGCAGUUGGACUUCAUGAAUGCCUCCCUGAUGGCUUGUCCAGAAGCUCAGGCCUCAACCCACAUCACAUUGAAGCCAUCAUUGCAUCUGUGCUUGCCACAAAACGGGAGUGGGAUCGCUACACAGCUGAUGCGGACUUGAAAAGCUUUGCCUUUCGCUAUCGCCUCAAUUUCUUGCUUCACCUUGCCUCCAUUGAGAGCACUGCGGGACUUGCCACGGAAAGCAUGUGUGGGAUUUUGUGGUCUUUGUCCAUGGCCCUUCCGAGCGCAGAGAACAAAGUGAGAUCCUUGGUCAUGCCCUUGCGACGAAGAUCCUCCAUGGAGACUGUGUUGUCCAGGCGGAGCUGUGACUCCCAAGAAUUGCCAGAUGCCUCCACAGAGGCGCCAAGUGCUUCAGUCGAUCCUCUUACCAUCCACGAUCCAUGGGCGAGGGCCAAGAGCCCUCCAUCGAAGUGGGAAGACCUCAUCCUUUCCAAGAGUCACCCAUUUCUGGAUGAAAAGGGCAAUCAGUUGGCCCAAUUGCACAGACUUCAAGCCACCAACCUCACGGGUGGCAUCAUCAUGACAACUCGUCAGUAUGUUGUCGAAGCAGUGAACAAAGCCGUAGGGACACCACCAGUCUCCGCCCCUUUGUCCUCCACGGCAGAAAGCAAGCGCAUCGAGACCCUCGAGGCAAGGUCGAAGUACUUGGAGUAA